UACAGUUUUGCUCAUUUGUGUAAUAAAUAAAUGUAUUCAAUCGUACAUUUUGAGUAAAUUACUACAAAAUUAUAUAUUUAUGAUAGACUUAUAUAAUUAAAAUAUUACAUUAUUUCUUUACACAAUUACAAAGUGAUUUAUUUAGUUGAUUUUCGUUUUAAUUAGUGUUUUGAAUAACGUAGUGGCGCUGCGUUUCAUAGCAGCCAUCUUUGCAAUUCUAAUCAAAGACCCUUGGCUCGCAUUUUCAUUGUCUGGUGAAAAGCCAGCAAAUAUUAACACACACCUUGUCCAAUGGCAUUAAAACGAAUUAAUAAGGAACUUCAGGACUUGGGCAGGGAUCCGCCAGCACAAUGUUCUGCAGGCCCAGUUGGAGAUGAUUUAUUUCAUUGGCAAGCUACAAUUAUGGGACCACCUGACAGUCCGUAUCAAGGUGGAGUAUUUUUCUUAACUAUUCAUUUUCCUACAGAUUAUCCGUUCAAACCACCUAAAGUGGCUUUUACAACCAGAAUUUAUCAUCCAAACAUAAACAGUAAUGGAAGCAUUUGUCUUGACAUUUUGCGGUCUCAAUGGUCACCUGCUUUAACAAUUUCAAAAGUUUUGCUAUCAAUUUGCUCACUUUUAUGCGAUCCAAAUCCAGAUGAUCCACUAGUACCAGAGAUUGCUAGGAUAUAUAAAACAGAUCGAGAAAAAUACAACGAGCUGGCUCGCGAGUGGACCCGCAAAUACGCUAUGUGAUGCUCCGGCCCCCUACAAUCACUACUUUAAACAACUCCCCCCACUUAGAAAUGAAAACAACAAUUUAUUUAAUUCAUAAUAUUGAACCAAAAGGGACUUGCCUAUAAGAAGAUACAUACAUAAAAAUAUUAUAUAUAUUUCUUUGUGGCUAACCCCCUCAAAAUGUACUAAGAAACACAUACAACAAAUAAUUUGUUAAAAGAAUUUAGUCACAAUUUUAUGUUAAAAACCUUCUAGUUCAUAAAAUAUUUUGUGAUUUUUAAAAUGAACAUCUCUUAUAAGGCUGAAUUCUUUUUAACAAAUCAUUUCUCUGAAAAACCAUUAUAUAAUAUUAUUUUAUUUAAACUUAUUCUGCCUGAGAUUAUUAUUCAUUCUCAAGCCCCAACCCCCUUGCUCCACAAUAUUUUUUUGUUUCCCUCGAUGAAUUUUUUUUUAUUAAUUAAAAUCGAUAAUUUGUAAAAUAGUCUUUAAUCUCUUUAUUUUUUUGAGUAUAUCCUAUGAUGUUUAAUUAUUUCUAAUAUAUUGUGGUUGUAAGGAUAACUAAACAAAAAAAACAUUAGCUUUGUUAAUUCUUCGGUCCUUAUCUCCACAUUUAAAUAUUUACCCUCUAAAUGUAAUAGUAAUUUUAUUUUUUUAAAAACAAUUUUAUAAGCUAAAAAAACUUUAAAAAUAUUUGUCUCUCAUUUUUCAUUCAUAUUUUAUAGAAUUUUCAAAAAAAUAAAAGCAUUCGACGAAAAAAUUUUCAUUCAGUGUAGGUAAAAUUCUCGAAAUCAGGGAGAGCGCGUGCAUGAUGAGAGUGAUCAAUUAUACUAAAAAAAUAUUACAGUCUUCGCUAGUCGAUUAUCGAAAAUGGGGGUGAUAUAUCGAAAACUAUUUGAAUACAUUUUAACGAUUGUUUCAUGUAAAAAGUCACGAUAUUGCAAGGAAAAGUGUAAUUUACGUUUUUGAACAGAAAUUGAUUGAUUUUUCCAUUUUUCACAAGUCAUCUAUUUUUAAUAUACUCUAUUGGGUGUAAUGAUAUAUGAUAAUAGCAGGGUUUAAAUUGGUAAUCAGUUUAUAUAUUGGCUGUCAAUUAAAUUUCUUUUGACUUUUGAACCUCUUAAAUCAUUAUACUGGGUAUAUGUGCGUAUAUUUUUAAUACACCUCUACGAUGUUUUUGGUAAUAUCUUCUUUGAUUUGAUGUUUUUUUUAGCAAUGAAUACCGAAUAGCUUAAAUUUCGACGGGUAAUUUGACAAAAACGUGUAAGUUCACAUGGUACAACAUCUGAUUCGAUUUUUAUUCUUAUUCGUAUAGGUUCAGGUAAAAUUGCUAAAAAAAUUCUUACACUUUUUUAAAACAACUGAACGAAUAAGAAAUUUGAUAAAACUUAAUGGCUUUAUUUACGAUUUGGAGUAGUAAACGUAGAAUUGAUUCAAAUGGUUUUCGAUAGGCAAGCGCCUUCAUGUGCUAGGACUACAAUAUACAGAGUGAACAAAUUAGCAAACAUUUUUUUUAGUUUAAAUUUUAUUUAUUUUGUGAUGCAUUUUUUGUACUAUUAAUUUAAUUCAUAAUAAAUUUUGUUUCUCACAUUUCAUAUCACAAAUUCUUUAAAAACCGGAACAUCAUCACAGAACAAAAUAAAAUUUAAAUCCCAUGUUUUUUUUCGUACAGCGUCUCACAAGUGCAGUGGGUUUAUAUUUCUCGCUUUUAAAAAACGAGUGUUUGGUGAGUUGAGUUUUGCGUUGGUCACAUUGAAAUAAGACUUUUUUUAAAUAAAUAAAAACAGUGUCAAAUAUAAAAGAGGAGGGGGAUUUGUGACAUAAAAAAUAUGUAACGCACUUUGGGUUUGUGGGACACAACACAGUGCCCCAAAAAGAUCGUGUGUUAGUGAUGUGAUUAUGAUAGGAAUCAAAUUCGAAACAAAAAUUUAUGUUGUACAUCUUAACUUUAAAAAAAAAUUAUGUACGACAAAAAAAAAUUAAUUUAUCUAUUCAUAAUUUUGUCCCGAUUAUUUUACUGGAAUAACAAUUCUGGAAUAAGUAUAUUGGGAACACUUUAAAGCAUAAUAUAGUUGUACUUUUUUUGAUUAUAAGUAAUAAAAAAAAAAGCGUUGCAUAGAUAAAUUAUGGCAGAACAAUCAUUAAAAAUACAUUUUUGGUAAAUUAUUUCGUGGGCGGAAUUUUUAUAAAUUUAUCCUUGCUUGAUAUUUUUAAAAUCAUUUUAAAGAGUGAAGUUAUAUUUUGAUACAGUUAUACCAGACGCACUCCUGUGUUAUCUACAUAAUUCAAGAAAAUUAAACAUAAAAAUUAAGGAAAAAUAUUGAGUUCUAAAUACAUAAGGUUUAUGUGCAUAAAUUUUCUAUCGUUCUUAUUACGUUAAAUCAACUAUUAUUUAUUAAUUAAAUCAUGUAUACAAAGUAAAAUUUUUAUUAUGUUGAUUAUAGUAUGUGUGUAAGAAAUCUGUAAAAUUGAUUCAUACUUUUUCGUUAUUAACCCGAUUGUUACAAGACCUAUGGAUUUUUCAAUUAAAAAACUGUUGUAAAUGUUCGAUUUUGCGGAAUCAAUAAUAUAUGAAAGUAGAGCGACUAUCAAUAAUCCAGAAUUUAAAGAAAUUAUGAAUAAUGCUGACCAGGGACAUAGCUUUUAACGAACUUGACUAUGAGAGUACGAAUUUGUUAAAAUAUUUUGAAAUAUUUGCAAAAAUUUUCGUCUAUUUUUGAUCGUACGUAAAUGUAUUGGAUUUAUUAAGGAACUUUUGUAGAACUUUUACAUUCAAGUUUUAAGUUUUCAGCUUGUAUCGUAAUUUUCAAAAUUUGAUGUUUAGUAUUCUUGGAUUAAUAGUUUAGGCGAUAGAGUGGACCCCAGCAUUCGGAAUUACAUACAGUGUUCUUCAACGGCGAGAAUAUUUUAAUUGUAUAAAAGAGAGUUUAUCGUUCUAACGAAAUCGAUUAUCGAUCGAUGGAUAAAAAAUUGUAUUUUCUUUGAUUGUUAUGUAAUAUUUUGUUUAUAUAAUGAUAAUAAAAUAGUAAUAAAUUAUCUUGGAUGUAGGUUUCGUGGUUUCUUCUUAAGCUACAUGUGUCGCGUUUGUUUUAUAAAUAAAAAGUUUCAACAAAAA